UCCGGGAUGGGAGCGGCGGCCGCAGCGCGCGGGCGGGGACCCCGACCCCGACCCCGACCCCGACUCCGACCCUGACCUGGCCCUGCCGGAGCUCGGCCCGCUCUUUUCCUGGACGAUGGAGCCAGAGGGUGACGGUCCCGCGCAUAGCGCGUCCGUCCGCGCGCAGGACUUCAGCCGCAGCCAUCACCUGAGGGGCGAGGUCGACUUCUUCCCCUCCUUCGCGGCGCCCGAGGUGGGCGAUCCGGCCCUGGAGCUGGGUCCCGAGGACCCGAACGGGCCUUCUGACUUUAGCCAGACUCACCCCCUAACGAGCGAGCCUGCGGGGUGUCCGGAGGACAGCCCCCGCCUCCGAGCCGUGUUCGAUGCCCUAGACGGGGAUGGGGACGGCUUCGUGCGCAUCGAGGACUUCGUCCAGUUCGCCACCGUCUACGGAGCGGAGCAGGUGACGGACCUCACGAGGUACUUGGAUCCCAGUGGGCUCGGUGUGAUCAGCUUCGAAGACUUUUACCGGGGGAUUGAGGCGAUCAGGAAUGGAGAUCCUGACAGCCCGCUGUGCGGUGUCACACCCGCCCCUGACGAGGAGCUGCCUGCCUGCCCUGAGGAGUUCGAUGACUUCGUGACCUUUGAGGCCAACGAGGUGACGGACAGUGCGUACAUGGGCUCCGAGAGCACCUACAGCGAAUGUGAGACCUUCACGGACGAGGACACGGGCACGCUGGUGCCGCCCGAGUGCCUGGACACCGUGGAGGAGCCCGGGCACGGCGCCCUGCUGCUGCUGCCCGGCAGGUCCCACCUGCAGGGCCAGUCUGUGGUCACGGUUAUAGGUGGCGAGGAACACUUCGAGGACUAUGGCGAGGGCAGUGAGGUGGAGCUGUCCCCGGAGACCCUCUGCAGUGGGGACCACGGCUGCAGGGACCCCGCCUUCCUUACCCCCAGUCCAACGAAGCGGCUGUCCAGCAAGAAGGUGGCAAGGCACCUGCAGCAGUCGGGGGCCCUGACCAUGGAGGCCCUGCAGGACUCUCCUCCGGGUCCCGUGGAGGGCGUGGACGAGGACAUCGCCGACAAGGUCGUCUUCCUGGAGAAGCGGGUGUCGGAACUGGAAAAGGACACAGCUGCCAACGGGGAGCAGCACAGCCGGCUGCGGCAGGAGAACCUCCAGCUGGUGCACAGAGCCAACGCCCUGGAGGAGCAGCUCAAGGAGCAGGAGCUGAGAGCCUGUGAGAUGGUUCUGGAGGAGACCCGCAAGCAGAAGGAGCUCCUGUGCAAGAUGGAACGGGAGAAGAGCAUCGAGAUUGAGAACCUGCAGGCCAGGCUGCAGCAGCUGGACGAGGAGAACAGCGAGCUGAGGUCCUGCACGCCCUGCCUGAAGGCCAACAUCGAGCGCCUGGAGGAGGAGAAGCAGAAGCUGCUGGAUGAGAUUGAGGAGCUGUCCGUGCGGCUCAGUGACGAGCAGGAGAACAGGCGGAAGCUGGGGGACCGGCUGAGCCACGAGAGGCACCAGUUCCAGAGGGACAAGGAGGCCACCCAGGAGCUGAUCGAGGACCUACGCAAGCAGCUGGAGCACCUGCAGCUCUUCAAGCUGGAGGCUGAGCAGCGGAGAGGCCGCAGCAGCAGCGCGGGUCUGCAGGAAUACCACAGCCGCACGCGGGAGAGCGAGCUGGAGCAGGAGGUCCGCAGGCUCAAGCAGGACAACCGCAGCCUGAAGGAGCAGAACGACGAGCUCAACGGGCAGAUCAUCAACCUGAGCAUUCAGGGCGCCAGGAGCCUCUUCUCCACGGCCUUCUCGGAGUCCCUGGCCGCGGAGAUCAGCUCAGUCUCCCGAGACGAGCUCAUGGACGCCAUCCAGAAGCAGGAGGAGAUCAACUUCCGGCUGCAGGACUACAUCGACAGGAUCAUCGUGGCCAUCAUGGAGACCAACCCGUCCAUCCUGGAGGUCAAGUAGCCACAGGAAGGCUCUACCCAGCACGCGGGGUCUCCUUCGCCCAGCGGGAGGACACAGCUGAGCCGGGGUGGGGCCGGACGGAGGGGCUCCAGGACAGCCUCAGGCUGGGCGAGCCCCUCAGACCUCCCGCGCUUCCCACCCGGUCGGGGAGGAAGGGAAAUGGGUCCCCCAGGGGUGCUGCUCCCCGCUGCCACCAGGCGCCCUGCCUGGUGCCGUCCAGGCCUGCACUGCCCCUGGACUGCACACAGGCCCCAAAACUCUGGCGCCAGACGUCGGGGGAGGAUAGGCAGGCGAGGACAGUGCCAUCAGGGUCCCGCCAGGCGCUGCUGUGCCCCCAGCUUUCCUGGGCUGUUUGAGCCAGCACCCAACUGGAAGGGGCCCCUUGGUCCAGUGUGAAGCCCGGGGGCCUGCAGGUCACAGGGCCAUGCCCCCAGCCGCACCCUGGCUGCACUAAUCCUAAGAUGUGAGAGCCACCGGUGGGGGUCACUGACUCUUGGGGGCAGGCCCUCCUCCCUGUGCGGAUGCCCACUGCCCCCAGGCGUUUGCACGUCUGGAGCCAGCUUCCUCCAGGAGUCAGAGGUCUUCAGGAGUCGUGGUUCCUCUGCCAGGCACGCUUUGCAGGAGGCCAGGCAGGGCUGGCCCCCAGGUCCACAGGACAGGGCCUUCCUGGCAUCUUGGGGGCUCCUUCAAGGAGCAGCAGCAUCACCCCCCGGGGCUGCAGGCCUGCCCCAGGGCCUAAAUGUGGCCAGGAGCCUCCUGGAGGGGGUGGGGUGGGGGCCCUGCUGGUGCGAGCAUGUGCGUGAGGGAGUGUGUGUGUGUGCGUGCGUGUGAGAGCAUGUGUGUGGCCCUGUGUCCUUCCACCCUCUGCGUGGCCCACCUUCUACACUAAGGUUUAAGAUGUUGCCUCGUAUUGUACAUUCUGGGGAAAGCCUUGGGUGUAAAUCAGUGUAAACUUGGAGGAGAGAUUUUUCUAUCAUGUAGAGUAGGUAUUUUUUAUAGAUUGAAGGUUGAUCAAUUUUUUAAUACUUCCAAGAGAGAAAACUAUCUGUGUAUACACAUGAAAUAUAUAUAUAUGUACAAUAAUAAACACUGGAACUCUGCUCCCCGCCCUGCCAUGCCCCGCCA